UCGCAUCUCUGCUCACCUCUUUUCCUUUAACAAACUAUAUAUUUGAAUAUAAUUUCAAAUUUAUUUGUUAAGGGAAAAAUUAAACUGAGCUCUAGUCAUGGCAAAGAUCUCCUUAUUGCUUUUCGUCAUGGCCCUUGUUGCCUCUCUCCACGCUUAUGAAGCUCACCGCAUGGGAAAAUUCGAUGAAGCAAUUGAAAAAGACUUGCACAAAGCCGAGGCCCAGAUCGAGGAAGACAUAAAGGCAACAAAAACGAGCAUUCAAGGUUUGACAACUGAGAUGAAAACCUUGAGCAAAUCUGAAGAGAUGUUAAAUCAACUUGGAAAAGAUCACAAAACGGAUAUGGAGGUAGCUCCUUAUGGAAAGAAACUCAGAACAUUCAGCAGGGCAGCAAAAAAUGUCACGAAAGCACCACCUGCAAAAAACAAGAAACCUGCACCACCUGCAAAAAACAAGAAACCUGCACCACCUGCAAAAAACAAGAAACCUGCAUCACCUGCAAAAGACAAGAAACCUACAUCCGUAAUCCAAACGAUCUUGCAGGAUUUUGGGCUAAACGGAGGGAGGGAUUGACAAAACAUAAUAAUCAGGGUCUGAUUAGUGUUUUGAGUGAGUUUUAAGGAGUAUUGAACUUGUUCAUGGAGUUUAGCUUUACAAGUGAGAGGAGCAAAUAAUUCCCCACAUAGUAUAUAAGUUGCGUUGCUGUCAUUUUGUAAUUAAUAAUACAACUAAAUGAAAUAUUAUAACUACUUAUGAUAUCAUAAUAUGUUUUUAUGCGAAAUUUUUUUAUUUUUU